ACCGCGUUCGUUCGUAUGAAGCCGCGAGAAUGGAAGUGGUUGGAUGUGGAGCAGAGGUUGAAGAAGGUGGACGUCGACAGAGAAGUAGAACGGUGCGGGAAGAAGUGGGACAAUUUGAUGCCGGUUUCGGCAAGAGGAAGAGCACGAGGCAGCAAACUUUCGAAGCGCUGACGGAAAGCAUGGAGAAGCACGGGGCUCUGGUGGCAUCGACGAUGGAGAUCAACAGCAACCGGCAGUGCUCCAUCCAAAUCAGGCAGUGCGAGGCGUUGGAAGCGGAGGUCGAAGUGCAAAACAAACACUACGCAGCGUCUGACGAAGUUAGCAAACUGAUGUGUCACGCUCUGCUGGAGAUAGCGAAGGCCAUCCGCGAGCGGGAAGGGGCAAGGGCAGGCGGAGCCGCAGCAGCGGGUGAGGACGACGAAGCGCUGGUGAACAGGGUGCGUCAGCGGAGUGCGCAGGAUGGAAUGGAGGCGGCGUCGAAACUGUGGGUGGAUGACAUCCGCUUCUGGAACGAAAAGGAAGGGAACGCUAUUCCUCCAGCAGUUCAUCGAAGCAUCGUCUUGCCUCAUACCACCAUCCCGCAGCACAAAAUCGAUGACAAAUCAGAGUUGAACGCUGUGCAGGAGAGGGCGUUGAAGGUGCAGACCAUCGCUUUGCGGGUGAUCCACGGGUGGGUCUUCAAGUCAACGAGCAGGCAACGGGGGUACCACACUACGUACGGGUACGUGUUGAACCACGUGGAAGUUGACAUUGCUCGCGCGACCUGGAUGGGGGAGGACUGGCGUGUAUGUGUGAGCCCCAUCGUGUUCCACAUCACGCUGGACAUGGACAUGAAGUUGCCACUCUGGUUCGUCGGCGCCAACAUCAAGGACAGGCACAAGAACGACGAGUUGGCGGCGUAUCAGGAGGCGAGCAUCCAGCGACUGGUGGGGGCGUUCACGAGCGCCGUCAACACGGCGGAGGGGAUCGAUGGUGGUCGAGUGUCGCAUGAAAGGUUGAAGAGCAUUGCCGAAGCGAUGAGGAUCAUGCUUGCGGCGACCAUGUGGCUCAUGCGGAUGAGCGGGGACGAUCAUGGCACGCAUUACGACGUGUGGGUAUCCGUCUAACUGACGACAAAACCGACGCUCAUCGCAUCCAUGCAUCGCUCAUUCGACGCUCGUCGCCACAUCGUGCAAGCUGCGACCGC